GUCAUCCGAUGACACCACAAGGUCAACCACCAAUUAUAACACUUAAUGUUUCAGGAUUACAACCCAGACAACAAUUACCUCUUCCAGGAUAUCAAUUACCUCCUCCUGGGCAUCAUAAUCCUCAACCACCGGGACAAACCAUUCCAAAUCAACAACAGAUUCAUUCAAAUCAACCUUUACAAACACCGUCGCCUCAACCGCCUCAGCAACCACCACAUGGUGGUGAUGUUUGUGUCGUAUAUGAAGAUCAAAGC